GAUGCACUCGACAAUAUUUCACAGUAACCUUUGGUUUUCGAAAAGUCGGAUGGCUCACCACGUGGUCACCUGGAAUGGUGCCCCGCGCGGCGCAGAGCGAGACGCUAAGUACGAGUUCAUCGCGACAUCCAAGGUGGAUGGAUACCCUGGGCUCACACUGCCGCUGAUAAAGAAGCUACCAAGGCUUCGAAUCAGCUGCCGACCCCCCCAGAAUGAGUCUCUAUGCCAGGACAAACACAGUCGGCCACUUUGACAUUGCUUCUGUCCUUCGAUCCACUGAGCGGGUCUCGGUAACGCUGCCAUGUCGGGUCAGGACCGAUGGGUCAGAAUACCACAAGGCAGAGGCGGCGACCGUAGUCAGUAGUUCUGCCGGGAUCAAGGAGGCUGCCCUGAUGGUCAUCGUCCCCGGUACUGACAGCUUUGAGACGAGACUCCUACACUUAUUACCUAUCACGUCGAGUCUCAAGCACAGUCUGAAUCAGACUCCACCCUCGCCUUCGACCUCCUUCUUUCACCAGAGCUCGAGACCGCACAUCACUUUGUCCCUCUCCAACGAGUCGAGCAAGUUCGACCUCAGGAUAUCUGCGUCCCAGACAGUCCGUGUGCAGACCCUCAUCACGGACAUUCGUGCUCUUAUCGAUGCAUCUCGACAGCAACGUGCCCCACACAGCUUUACGCACUCAUGGGCACGGCUCUAUCCCGUCAUCCCGCCAAGCUUAGAGAAUGAUUCAGACGAUGAGAGCGGGUCAUUAACGAGUCGGAGCGCUACAGGGGAAAGCUCAGAAACGAGUCUAGCAAGCCCUCCCAGUGGCGCGUCCAAUUCCGUGGUGACGCCGCUCACCUCAUUGACACUGGAACCGAAGAACGCUUCAACGGAAGAACAGUACCCAAAUCCAUUUGCUGCAGGUUUCUCGCGCAUCGGAUUCCUGAGAAAGCGACUGUUUGCCAGUCUAGGCGAGUGGUCAUCGCGAACCCCAGUCAAGAUCCGAAUCACAACCUACAACGUCAACGAUAAGCUACCACCUCCGGGCACAAAGGAACUCGGCACUCUUGUGGGUUCAGGCGUGGAAGAUGUUCUUGUCUUUGGCUUCCAAGAAGUUGACCUCCGAAGUCAAGCGCUACUCAUCUCACAAGGCAAUGUCCGAGCCGACGAGUGGGAGUCUGCUAUAUUGGCCGGUCUAGACUCGAAAGCGGAGGGUUACGAAAGAAUUGCCAUGACCCAAUACGUUGGUGUGAUGACACUUGUCUUUGUUCGUAAAACUCUACGGCCGCAUGUAACCCAUGUCCAAACUUCUGAGAGAGGUAUCGGCCUUCUUGGAUUUGGUGGCAACAAAGCUGGAGUCUGCGUGCGACUCAAGAUUUACGAUACGACUGUGGCGAUUGUCAACUCGCAUCUCGCUGCUUUUGCUACGGCAUUGGAGCGGCGACGGGCCGAUUUCCAAGUCUUAUUGAAAGGCCUGCCUUUUCCCGUCUCAGUCGGCGAGGAAAUCGUACCGGCCUUUGAAGAGUUCUGGUCCGAAGCCAAAGAUCGACCCCUGGGUGUGGAAGACUCUCACGUGCUGUUCUGGUGCGGAGAUUUGAAUUACCGCAUAGAUAUGGAAGACGAUAUUUUGAGGGCCUGGGUCGGUGAGGGCAAAAGGGACUCUAUCUUGGAGAAAGACCAGCUCAGGGCAGAUAUCGCAUCUGGCAAAUCUUUCGCGGGCUUUCGAGAACAUCCGAUAAACUUCGCUCCAUCGUUCAAAUACGUUCACGGCAGCACGACGCUGGACACUCGAAGAUCACCAGCAUACACGGACCGUAUUCUAUGGUCCACUCCGCGAUCUGAGUAUUCAGACACGACGUCCGUGGCAUGUUCCUCAUACGACUUACAUUCGAUCCUUUGGUCCGAUCACCGCCCGGUCUCUGCGAGCUUUGACGUGAACGUUCGGGUUGUCGACGAAGAGCGACGAAGAGAGAUGUAUCUUGGGGUGGAACGAGAGUUGGAAAAGCUGGAAGAGGUGUACAGGCCAGCCAUUGAGGUCGACGAAACGAGUCUCGAUUUUGGAGAUGUCAGAGUCCUUCGACGCAUACCUCGCGAAAUCAAGUUGACGAAUACGGGACGAGUUCCCGCUACCUUCAACUUCAAGCCACCAAGUCCAGAUAAGCCAAUAUGCAAAGCGUGGUUCUGGCCAUUCCCCAACCAUGGCACGGUAAAGCCAGGAGAAUCGGUCACCCUGACUAUCACUGCCAUGGUGGACGACCAGCAUGCCGCCGGACUCUCCCUCGGUAACGCAGAGCUCAACGACGUAUUAGUGCUGCGUGUAGCCGAUGGUAAAGACACAUUUAUCACCCUCCAAGCAAACUUCUGCCCCACUAUCCUCUCGUUGCCCCUAUCAAUCCUGCAUCUCUUGUCAGAACCAAUACAAAAACUGGACGUAGCCCAAAGGAAGCUUUUGGCGAAUCCACCGGUGGAUGCCUAUCAGGAAAGGCCCAGAGGUGUCAAACCUGUCAAGGAGAUUUGGAGACUACUGGAGCAUCUCAUGGCCAACGGCUCAGGUCGACUGUGGUCCGGAUCAUCAGAUGAGCCAGGCUUUCUCAUCACGCUUGAUAAGCUGGACUCGGGAGAAGAUCUCCCAAAAGACCAAGGGCAGUCGAAGGGAUGCUCGGCGCGAAACUCUGCUGCCUGCCUCUUGCUUCUGCUUUCGUCUCUGCCAACUGCGUUGAUCCCUCCGAUCCGACUCAGAGAAUGUGAAUCGGCGCGGACUCGAGAUGAAGCGUUCGCUUCGUUGGAAGGUGUGCCACAAGUCAACACCAAUAUCUUGAUCGGAGUAAUGAGCGUCGUCAAGCUCUGCAUCGAGCGGGCUUCGGCGCAGGCUUCAAAUAGUAGCGAGGAGAAGAGCACUGGGACCUUCAGCUCGGAAGUGUCGGCGGACGAUUACCAGUCGUUGAACCAUGAUACAGGCUCUCCUGACUCACCUGCUCCAACACACGUUCUUGGAUCGCCUAUGUCUGAGCUCCCAACACCUCCACUUGAUGACACUAUUCCAAGCUUUACAAUCACCCGGUCGACGCCAAAGAAGCCUGCGGCUCCUGAGUUGACAGAAAUGCCACUCGACCCCGAAACACUCGACGACAUUGUCGACGCUCUGCUACCUGCGGUUUUUGGACGUGUCGCGUUUGUUAACCAAGUAGAUAAUAGGAGAAGGUUCAUUAAGCUCUUGCUGGAAGGCUAGAAAGGGCUCUCAUUCAACUGCAUCGUAUCUAUAGCUAGCAUUGCAUCUAGAAUCGUGCUCAGCUGCGAAGUGGCGUGGCAUAGCCACCGCCACAUUCCAUCUGACACCCGGCUACCCGAUCCAACAGGGGUUGAAAUCACCCGUAGUCCCGUUGCAACCACC